UUCACUUCACCUUUCAUUUUUCGAUUAAUAAAAACCCCCAAAAGCGAUUAAAUUCACAAUUCAUUCUUCACUUUGGAACUGCGAAACAGAAACAAAGCAAAAAUGGCUGUAGAAGAUACCCCAAAAUCCAUCAUCACCGACGAUCAAAUCCCACCAAACCCUAACAACGAAGAAAUCAACAACAACGAUCUCGAAGAUGGUGAGAUCCUCGAAGAAGGAGACGAUUCCUCCGCCACUUCCAAACCCAAUUCCGCCGCUCUUCAUCCUCUCGAGAAUUCUUGGACUUUCUGGUUCGAUAACCCUCAAGCUAAAUCCAAACAAGCUGCUUGGGGUAGCUCUAUUCGACCCGUCUACACUUUCUCUACUGUUGAAGAGUUUUGGAGCAUUUACAAUAACAUUCAUCAUCCUAGCAAGUUGGCUUUUGGAGCUGAUUUUCAUUGCUUCAAGCAUAAGAUUGAACCAAAAUGGGAGGAUCCUAUUUGUGCUAAUGGUGGAAAAUGGACUGUGCAGUUUUCAAGGGGAAAAUCUGAUACCAGUUGGUUGUAUACGUUGUUGGCAAUGAUUGGAGAACAAUUUGAUCAUGGAGAUGAAAUUUGUGGAGCAGUUGUGAAUGUCAGGAGGGUGGAUAAAAUUUCUAUUUGGACUAAGAAUGCUACAAAUGAAGCUGCUCAGGUGAGCAUUGGAAAACAGUGGAAGGAGUUUCUUGAUUAUAAUGAAACCAUUGGCUUUAUAUUUCAUGAUGAUGCGAAGAAGCAUGACAGAAGUGCUAAAAAUAAAUAUGUUGUAUGAACUGUAUAGCAUUCAGACAUGGUGGCAAGUGCACGAGAGAUGCCCUCAAACAUCCAACAUGUAGCUCACAUGCAUUCUGCCCUUUUUAAAAUCUGUCAUCUUGAGUAGUAUUUCCAGAUUUAUGUACGGAUAAUCUUUUUGACUGUAGACGAUGUUUCAUCAAUAAUAGUGAUUUAGUUAAAUGCCUCUUUUUGAUUGAAUGGGAAAAAAAAUGCUUGUAUCCUAGCAUUCAAUGUCUGCUCAA